AUGCUCGCCUGUAACCUCCUCCUCUCAUGCCUGUCCGUCCUCGUUUCGGGAGCAGCAGUGAGCUAUCCUAGACCCUCAAUCUACGACAAAUCAGCAAAAUACACUCUGAAAGUCAAUGGUACUUACAUGUACACCGUUAGCUAUGCUGGGUACGACUAUGUCCAGCUCUCCAUGGACCAAGGCCAUGCCACUGAAUUCCGAAUCUCUGCUCCAACUGAAACAAGCAUCACGUCUUUCAACAUUUCUCCCAAGCAAUUACCUAUCACUGCCACCACAAGCGGCAACGAGCUCGUCUUCUCGGUUUCUGACGCUCACUAUCUCAUAAUAACCAUCAAUAACCUCAAAGAAUUUGUCAUCAUGGCCGAUCCCUCGGAAACCAAUGUCCCCCCCUCUUCCGGAAACGGCAUCUUCAACGUCCUCAACUACGGCGCCGACAACACUGGCUCUGACAUUACAACAGGCGUGCAAAGUGCCAUGGAUGCUGCUGCCAAAACCCCUGGCAGCAUCGUCUACGUGCCUCCGGGCCUAUAUUACAUCGGGAACUUGAUGCUGCGCUCCCAAACCUCGCUGUACCUCGCCGGCGGCUCUGUGCUACGCUUCACAGGCAACAAAUCUGACUACACCACACUCUUCACUAAGUCUGACGUUGGGCCCGGCACAUGGUGGAUCCAAACCGAGUUCAGUAGCAGCAACAUAAAAGUCUACGGGCGCGGCACCAUAGAUGGAAACGGGUACUUCUCCCUCUAUACCAAUACGUUCAUCGCGGACCUGCUUGUGCCCGUGGACACGACGUCUUUCACGUUCGACGGGCCGUUAAUCCGGGAUUCGUCGUUCUGGGCCGUGACACCUAUCCAAAGUCAAGAUGUCUCGUUCAAGAACCUUAAGAUCCUUAAUCGACAAGAUGUUGGCCAGGAUGAUGGUAUCGAUGUCAUUGAAUCAACGAACGUGCGCGUCACAAGAGCGAUUGCCGUUGCGCUCGAUGAUAGCUUCUCAACUAAGACGUGGCCGCUUAAUCAAGGCACUACGGUGCCGUAUCCCCAUCCGCCGAUGCCGUUGAGUGAUGUGGUGUUCGAUAAUUGUCUGGCCUGGACCGUGUGUUAUGGGUAUAAGAUCGGGCAGGGCGUGUAUACGUCCCAGAAAGGCGUGGUGUUUAAGAAUAGUGUGGUGUACAGGGCAGCGGUGGGGCUGGGGAUUGAUCAUCGGUAUGGAACAGAGAUUGUCAGCAAUGUGACCUUCGAUACAAUUGAUAUCGAGAGCUUGAGUGGUGACAAUGCCGGUCAUGCCACUUGGCUUGCUUUCUUCGUUGAGUCACAAGGGGCAGGAAUUGGACCGAUUGAUGGAGUGAAGGUGAAUAAUAUUCGUGUUAGGAAUGAGGGGAAAUAUAAUGGGUUGUUGGUGGGGUAUAAUUCUUCCGCGAUGGUUAGCGAUAUCACAUUCUCAGAUGUGUAUAUGCUGGCCAACACUACACCAGCUACAACUCUGGGCCAGAUGAAAAUUUUAGAUGUAGCCUAUACAUCUGCUAUAGUAGUUCAGUGA